UGACCGGAAGUUGCCCUCGUGUCGGCAUUACAUUGGUGUCGCCUGAGAGGUGCAGAGCAGUAGCUUCUUCUCCCCCCCCUCCGAGUCUAGAGGAAGCAGAGUGGGAGGGAGGAGUUUAAACAAAGGCCCUCUCCACAUAAAAAAUGGAGGCUUGUUCAGGGAAGCCAUGGUGUCCUGCUCCUAACACUCCACAGGCUGACAGUUUCACUCUUUUAAUCUUCCACUGAGAGAGCUGCCGACAGAUUCUCCUCCUGGACGCUUCAGAACACUCUCACAAAGGAGCUGCCCCUGCCUGCACUGAACAAAGAUAAUUACUCAGGAAACAUUUCGGCCAAUCAGGCGCGGCGUUGUAUCUCGCCUGCGAGGGAGGCGACCAGUCAGGAUCUGGCUAACAUCGCCGGGGCCUGAUCGCCGUGCCUGAAGAGCGGAGCCUUCCCCGGCUGAGGGCUGAGAGUGUCCUCCAUGUUUUAUAAGUGUUGACAUAACAUUGUGUCAGGCAGCCAUGCAUCCACAGAGUCUGGCUGAGGAGGAGAUAAAGAAAGAGCCGGAUGUGGUAGAGGGGAUGGACGCUUCUCUGCGAUCGAAAGCACCUGAUGCACCAGGUUCAGCGGAACGAUCUGUGGCACCACAGAAGCGAAAGGUGUCAAGUCCCACCCAUUCCUCCAAUGGACACUCUCCUUCAGACACGUCACCCAGCCCCCUUAAGAAAAAGAAAAAGCCAGGAGCCGUGAAUUGUAACAACAAAGACCAGUCAGAGCUAAGACAUGGUCCCUUUUACUAUAUGAAGCAGCCAGCACUCACCACAGACCCUGUUGAUGUUGUACCGCAGGACGGCAGGAAUGACUUCUACUGCUGGCUGUGCCACCGCGAGGGUCAGGUGCUCUGCUGUGAGCUCUGCCCCAGGGUGUACCACGCCAAGUGCCUCAAACUACCAGCCGAGCCCGAGGGCGACUGGUUCUGUCCAGAAUGUGAGAAAAUAACAGUUGCUGAGUGCAUUGAAACCCAGAGCAAAGCAAUGACAAUGCUAACAAUAGACCAACUCUCCUACUUACUGAAAUUUGCUCUCCAAAAAAUCAAACAGCCUGGGACAGAGCCAUUUCAGAAACCCGUGUCACUGGAACAGCAUCCAGAUUAUGCAGAGUACAUCUUCCACCCUAUGGACCUAAGUACUAUAGAAAAGAAUGUGAAAAAGAAAAUGUAUGGCUGCACUGAGGCUUUUCUUGCUGAUAUAAAAUGGAUCUUACACAACUGCAUCAUCUAUAAUGGAGGUAAUCAUAAAUUAACAGCAACUGCAAAGGUCAUUGUCAAGAUCUGUGAACAUGAGAUGAAUGAGAUUGAGGUGUGUCCGGAGUGCUAUUUGUCUUCUUGCCAAAAAAGGGAAAACUGGUUUUGUGAGCCAUGUAGUCAGCCUCAUCCUCUGGUUUGGGCUAAGCUGAAGGGUUUUCCUUUUUGGCCGGCAAAAGCACUCAGAGAAAAGGAUGGUCAAGUAGACGCACGCUUCUUUGGUCAACAUGAUCGCGCCUGGGUUCCGAUCAACAACUGCUACCUGAUGUCCAAAGAAAUCCCUUUCUCUGUGAAGAAAACAAAGAGCAUUUUCAACAGCGCCAUGCAAGAGAUGGAGGUCUAUGUGGAAAACAUCCGCAAGAAAUUUGGCAUCUUUAACUACGCACCCUUCCGCACUCCCUACACACCCAACAACCAGCUGCAGAUGCUGGUGGACCCCAACAACCCCAAUGCCGGGACGGUGAAAACAGAGAAGUCAGACAAGCUUCGCUUCAACUUUGACAUGACUUCCUCUCCCAAGAUGAUCCUCAGCAAGUGUUCUACCGGGAUGAGCCGGCGGCCCUCAAUGAUGGAAAUGCCUCGGUCUCCAAUGAGCACCAACUCCUCGGUUCACACGGGGUCCGAUGGGGAGCAAGAAACCGAGAAGCCGAGCAGGAACCCUGCCCUACACUACAGCACUGGAGAGGAAUCAAUGGACUGCAGUGCAUCUCCUGUAUCGGGGAAGCCUGGUCCAACUGCUAGUGUGAGCAGCAGUCCGAAACCCAUAAACUCUGCACUGGUUCCUAAGCAGGAAAGGACAGCAGGAACUGGAGGCAUCCUCAACCUUAACCUUGAUCGAGUGAAGGCUGAAAUGGACCUGAAGGAACUAAGUGAGACAGUGCAGCAACAGCAGCAGCAGCAACAAGCAGCCCCCACUACUGUCACCACUCCAAAGAGACCCAUCAGGAGUCUGGAUAAGACCAUUGAAAGCUGCAAGGCACAGCUUGGUAUUAACGAGAUUUCCGAAGAUGUGUAUAAAGAUGUGGACCAUAGCGACUCUGAGGACUCGGAGAAAUCUGACUCCAGCGACAGCGAAUAUCCCAGUGAUGAAGAACACCAGACCAAGAACUCUGCACACGAGGACAAGGAGAAAGCAGAAAGAAAAAGGUCAAAGGCGAGUGCGGAGGGAGAGUGUAAGGAGGAAGUCACAGCGAUGGGGGAUAAAACCGCUGCCCUCGAGCCUUUGCUCAAAGAGAAGCCGGGCUGCAACGGUCCAGACAGGGAUCUGCAGGAAAAGCCCAGGACACCUCAGUCUCAACUUGUCACUGAAAAGCCUAAACCGCCAGAGGAGGGCAAAACAGCUGCUGCUGAACAGGACUCUGAUUCUGAGAGAGAGCUCGUCAUUGAUCUGGGCGAUGAACAUGGAGGACGGGACGCAAAGAGGCAGAGAAGAGACCCGAGCUCCGCCGCUGCCAAAACUACUAAAGAGUCCAACACUGCCAAGGUGGAAGGUAAGCUGUCUUCAUCUGCUGCGUCAGCUACACCGACACAAGAAGCUGCCUCCAACCUGAAGGACUCUCUGCAGCCGUCCAUCACAGCAGCACUCAACCUUGUUUCCAGUGCAGCAUCUGGUCAGCCCAGCGCCUCCACAACCACCAGUGGAUCUACCACUGCGCCACCUUCUGGCUCCACGACAUCCACAGCACCCACAACUGUAAAAAAACAGCGGCCGCUUCUUCCUAAAGAGUCGGCUCAGCAUGUUCAGCAGGCGGUGGUUUGGAAUCCCACCAAGUUACAGACGUCGUCGCAAAAAUGGCAAGUGCAGAAGCUCCAGAGGCAGCAGAACGAGGAGCAGUCGGGUGUCCAGACGCAGGGUCAGAGUCAGACGCGCAGCCAGCUGCAGUCACAGCAGAACUCCUCCAGCACUCGCUAUCAGACUAGACAAGCCGCUAAAGUGCAACAAAAAGAUCCAGCUCAAAGCUCAUCGUCAACAGCGGGACAGAUCACAUCUGCUGCGUCGUCUCUGGUGUCAGCAGACUUGCAGAUCCCCACAGUUUCAGCAGAUGUAGCAGCAGAUAUUGCCAAAUACACCAACAAAAUUAUGGACACAAUAAAAGGGACAAUGACUGAAAUUUACAACGAUCUCUCUAAAAGUACAUCAGGAAACACGAUUGCUGAGAUUCGACGGCUGAGGAUAGAGAUUGAAAAACUCCAGUGGCUUCAUCAGCAGGAGUUAUCGGAGAUGAAGCAUAAUCUGGAGCUGACGAUGGCUGAGAUGAGGCAGAGUCUUGAGCAGGAACGGGAACGUUUGGUUGCUGAGGUGAAAAAACAGAUGGAGCUGGAGAAGCAGCAGGCGGUGGACGAAACCAAAAAGAAACAGUGGUGCGCCAACUGCAGGAAGGAGGCCAUCUUCUACUGCUGCUGGAAUACCAGCUACUGUGAUUACCCCUGUCAGCAAGCACACUGGCCUGAGCACAUGAAGUCCUGCACACAGUCGGCCACGGCAUCCCAGCAGGAAGCAGAGGCAGAGCCCAGCUCGGAACCGUCGGUCAAACCAUCGGGCCACUCUCCUGCUGUGCAGUCCGUUACCUCAGCCACAGGCUCGAUAUCAGAAAAAAGCAACUCUCCCACCUACACUGACAAAAACAAGGACAGUUCUGGUGUCACUGUGACCUAACUGAUACACUACAGACACAUCAGUGGACUGAAUGUGAGGCAGGUGGCCUCGAAGUUGGUGCUUCAAGCCCUGCACCUUGACGACAAAUCACUUUUUUUGUCUUUCUCUCUUUCAUUCCCAUUUGUAUAUGUGGUCACUGGACUGUUUUCGGUUCACUUGUCAUUUUCAGUUUCCACAUCUGCAUUUAAGUCAGUUAAUCCUGUGAAAGUAGUCUGUCUCGAGAUGUGACAUGUUUUCAUUCUACAGUUUUGCAUUGUUUCUCGGAUUAUAUCAACCCACAGGAUGAUCUCUUCAUGUCUGUCUUUCGUUGCUGCUCCAUUGGACUUUGCUGCUGUUUGAUCGCUCUCCAUAUUGUGAGACAAAACAUUUGAAACAGCCUUCAACAAUUAUACACAAUGAUUAUGGUGCCAUCACAAAUACUUAAGACUGAUUUAUUUUUCCUUUUCUUUUGGUUUAAGCCACACUUGCUUAAUGUCGAGUAGUCCAGGUUUAAACACAUUUCAGUCCAACAUGUUUGCUUCAUGUCAGUGGUGGCGUUUUGGUUUCAUACCAGUUUUGUAUUGUAGUUCUGUGUUAUAUAACCACACAUUUAAAAUGGAAAAAAAAAUUGAUUUAUUAAAAAGCCUAAAAAAUGGAAACUGUACAGCUUUUGUAAGAAGAUACCUGAACAAUAUUUAUAGUGUUACAUGUUUUUAUAGUAUGUUUAUUGCAAUCACAUUUCUAUGUGUUGAGAAAAGAUAUUUGAAAUGAAACUUCUUCACAUGAAUGUCAGCUCCUAGUGAAGUCUUUGUGUAGCCAGUUACCCAAAGCAGAUGUAAAUCCAAUCAAAAAUGUGCCCAUCUGAGUAGACAUAAAUAUAUUUUGCUUUUUCAGCCAUAUAUUUCCUGUGAGCAUGUUUGUGUUGAGCUCUGUCUUGUUACUGUUUACAUAUUGUAAAAAGAAUAAAUGGACUUGUGAAGAA